AUGAUCCUCAACGGGGUGCGGUACAUUUUUGCGGCCGACCCGGUCAACACCGAAUCGCUGGCAAUUAUGUAUUUUGUCACAGGUAUGCUGGCCCUGGCGUGCAAUCUGUUCAAUAUCUAUAUCUUCUACAGCCUGCACCGCAAGCAGCGAAAAUAUCAGAUCUUCAUCGCCAUCGAGCUGGCAGAAGUCGUGAACUCCGUCUACCGUCCCGCUUCAUAUCAACGAUACUGGGAUGAUCAUUUCAAGAGGCGGCUUCUCCUCGCCGUGGCCGUUGUUCAAAUCACGUCAGUAGUACUCGCCGGACUGUCGGCAUUUUUUGACCCAUAUAUCAACUCGACCCAGCACUGCCCAGCCGCAGCUACCGUAUCCUCCACCUACGCAGCUGUACACUUCCUAUUUCAGAUCCUCUCCUACCUGGUCAGCUUUGUGACGCUGGCGGCAGUUUACUUGACGAGCAAGGAAAAUGACGCUACCAUCCUCGCAGAUCUGAUGACC